GUUUUGACUGUCGAAGUGGUGGCCAAUGCUCACUGCUCAGUCGACGUUCCGGUUUUCGAGUAUCCUACGUCAUCACCAGCAGUCAAUAUAAGCGCCUGCAAGCGCCCAUUUCACGAAGCUUCUCAGCUGUAGUUGUGCAGUGUAGUGGUGUGUCUGUCCGUUGUUUAGGCGUAGCGAGUGAAAAGUAGAGCAUAUCCAAGUUUUGUGGUAUGUUGACAGCUAACGUGUUCAGUGAAAAUCCAACAGUGACAUCAAACAUGGAUUCAAACAGGAACUACCUUCGCAGAUACUCGAGCCGGAAGGAGACUCAGUUCUCGAACCAGAGCGUGAUGAAGGCUGUUGAGAAGUUCGUGGAGGCCGUGCAGGAGAUGGACGAGACGAUCCUGGUGCCCUGUCGGCUGAUGGACCUGCAGGUGGGAGAUGCCUCCGACAAGACAGGCCUGAAGGGUGUUGACGAGAAGACCGACCUGUACAGUCUGCACUCGCUCGUCAACUGUGUCAAAAACGAGCUGCUGUGGAGUGGCAAAGACGGUCGUCCGGCCCCCGAGGAGGAUGUCACCGCCACCACCCUCCCCGCCCCCAGGACCCACGUGCGUCGCCCCUCCACCGUAUCCAUCGCCUCCACCAACUCGGCCAACUCCAUCAUCAGCGACACCGACUCUGAGGCGGGCAACGAGAACGAUUCCGGAAUCGAGGGCGAAUCCGAAAACCUGAAGCCUAGCUACACACAGAAUGUGGAAAAGAACUUUCGAAGACACCUCUACGGACUGCAUCAAGCUCUCGAACAGAUGACCGAUGCUGCUUCAUACCUCACAAAGCGCUACCAAAACGAUGUCGGCGGAGCUGUUUGAUUUGUGGUCAUCUUCACUGGUGUAAGAUACCUCUCUCUCUCCGCACUGCUCCACCGGCGUGCGUGUUGUUGGUGGUGUGUGAUAAAUGUGGUGUGUUUCAUCUUUGUUGAAAUUGUUUUCCUAUGCCAAAUAUUUUUAUAGCAGGUAACCUUUAGUUUGAGCAGAUAGAGUUAAUGUUUCAACAAUUACAUAGGUAUGAUUUGUAGCAUUGAGACUCAAAAGUGUUUGAGAAGCUCCAUCAUCUCAUCAGUUUUGUACAUAUGAUUAUUAAAAAUAUUUGGAUAAGAUUCAAUGUUAUGCCUGUAAGUCAGGUUUUCAACUUCAUCAUACAAUAUACAUUUUUGAAUAUUUAUUUCCUCCAUAAAAUUUGCAGUUGCUCUCAACUGUAUCUGAGCCAACCUGUAUUAUUCUUUGAACAAUAUAGAUUACUCAAAUGUAAACAUUGAUAUUCAGGCAGACGUGUCUGAGUUGAUCUAUUUAUUGAACUAAUUUAUUGAAAUAUUCUAUUGGAGAAUGACCAUAUUCACUUUUACAAACCGAGUAAAUCCAUUUGUUUGAUUGGAGUUGGUGAUUCUAGAUAACUAACUCGAAAGGCAGCAAUCUAUCCAUAAGCCGUGAAUUUCUCGCGAGAAACACUCUUAAGACAACUUGGUCAGUGCUUUCAUUGAAAGGUUACCGUACCUCCUUCAAUUUUGUUACUAGUCAUAUUUUAUAAUUUUCAGUUGUAGCAGAAAGUUACAGUCGUGUAUACUGAUGUGCUUUAUGCGCUGUAAUGGGCCAAUAGAAGAGCUCCACCAUUCUUGUGACUUUACUUCAGAAGUGGAUUGAAAUUUUUAGAAAAAAUGCUAUUUUAUUUGAAUUUGCUCAAUUGCGCCAAGAGCGUCUAUCUGUGGAUAUGCGAAUUGUGAUAGAAGAGAGUAUUGAGAAUGUUCAAGUAUUGCUAUGGAUUACCUUUUAAAAGUGUAGAAUAUGUAUAAUAUUUUCUAUGAUGGCGAGCUGGUCUUGCCUUCUGUAUUAUAUAUAACAUUUCGCUUUUUCUAAUGUUUUUCAUCUACCAAAAUUGUUAGUUUUUGUAACUAUUUCCCCCAUAUAAAAUUGUUGAUUGUAAAUGACCGUAUUAUUGUAAUCUAAUGAAUCUUAUUUUAUAGCAGAGUAUUAUAUUAUUUGCUCAUAAAACAUAAUUAGUAUAAUUCUAUCCAUGUUAUUCCUUAAUUUUAUUGAUAUGGAUUUGUUGAAUACUUAUCAGCAAUUGAAUAGAUAUUUUAAACUAUUUUCUAUUUUGUAAUACUUAAGAAUUUGAACUGUUCUCAUUUAUACUUGAAAGGAAGAGAUUUACUUGAGAUUUGUAAGCGCAUAUGGUGUCUGACAUGUGAAUAAAUUAAGUUAAAUUAUUAUCAAA